CCCGGCUGAUUUGCUGUGCCACUGGGAGGGUUCGGGGGUGGCUGAGCUGAGAGGGCUCCGGGAAGGAGUGACGUCAGGGUGAGUGGGAGCCCAGGAAGGAGCGAGUAGGAGAGAGGGAGCGAGAGCCAGGCAGGACCGCAGGGUCGGGGCUAGUGAGGAGCGAGGGCAAGGAGAGAGCAGUGAGGCCGGAGAGAAAGAAGCUGCCGCGGAGGAAGACAGGCUGCGGGUUCCCGGGACUGCAGGUCCAGGCAGGGUAGGAACCGCUGCCCAGGGGAGCUAGGAGGAAGCGGGGAGAGAGAGCGAGCGAAAAGCGGGGGUGGGGAGGAAAGGGGGAGAUUGAGGUGGGAGAGAGAAGCAGAGCGAGAGAGAGGAGGCUGCUGGAAGGAGAAAGAAGAGGGUGAGGAGGCGACAGAGGGAGAGGAGGAAGAAGAGGUAGAAGGAGAGAGAAAGGGGAGAGAAAGGAGAGAGGAGGGUUGGAGGUGCAUGAAGGAGGGGAGAGGGAGCUUCAGCGUGGAGAGAGGAGCGCGGAAGGAGAGAGAGACAGCCCAGAGUGAAAUGUGGAAGGGAAACAGUCCAGCGGGGAGCCAGGGGGCAGCCAUGGAAGGGACAGGUGGGGAGCUGGGGGGACAGGGGAACUGGGGUCCGGAGGACGCCCCAGGCCUCUUGGCCAGGGCCUCCCUGAUCAUGCUCCCGUGGCCACUACCCCUGGCCUCCUCGGCCCUCACCUUGCUCUUCGGGGCCCUCACUUCCCUGUUCCUCUGGUACUGCUACCGCCUGGGCUCCCAAGACAUGCAGGCCCUAGGGGCUGGGAGCCGAGCUGGGGGUGUUCGUGGUGGGCCUGUGGGAUGCUCGGAGGCCGGCGGGCCAAGCCCAGGGGGUCCUGGGGAUCCCGGGGAAGGACCUAGGACGGAAGGCCUAGUGAGCCGGCGGCUUCGGGCCUACGCAAGGCGCUACUCCUGGGCUGGGAUGGGUAGAGUGAGGCGGGCAGCUCAGGGUGGCCCAGGCCCUGGGAGACGGCCAGGGGUCCUAGGUAUUCAGCGCCCAGGCCUGCUUUUCCUACCAGACCUGCCUUCAGCCCCCUUUGUGCCGCGGGACGCCCAGCGGCACGACGUGGAGCUCCUGGAAAGCAGCUUCCCUGCCAUUUUGCGGGACUUCGGGGCUGUGAGCUGGGACUUCUCAGGGACUACCCCUCCGCCUCGGGGCUGGUCCCCACCUCUGGCCCCCGGGUGCUACCAGCUCCUGCUGUACCAAGCAGGCCGGUGCCAACCCAGCAACUGCCGCCGGUGCCCGGGGGCCUAUCGGGCACUGAGGGGGCUUCGAAGCUUUAUGAGUGCCAACACCUUCGGCAAUGCCGGCUUUUCCGUUCUCCUGCCUGGGGCCCGGCUCGAGGGCCGCUGUGGGCCCACCAAUGCCCGGGUCAGAUGCCAUCUGGGCCUAAAGAUCCCUCCUGGCUGUGAGCUGGUGGUCGGCGGUGAGCCCCAGUGCUGGGCUGAGGGGCACUGUCUACUGGUGGACGACUCUUUUCUACACACAGUGGCUCACAAUGGCUCCCCCGAAGAUGGGCCUCGAGUGGUCUUCAUCGUGGACCUCUGGCACCCCAACGUGGCAGGGGCUGAGCGCCAGGCCCUCGACUUUGUCUUCGCACCAGACCCUUGAAGGAAGGUGCUCCCUUCACACACCCAGGCUGGAGAGACACUGCGCUCAGGGACGGCUUGAUGGUAGCCAGGACCUCCUCUCUACUGCGGGGGGUGGGCGGGGGCGGAGGAUGGGAACUGGCUAGUGAGCACUGAAAUAUAAAUUCUGAAUCCUCUCCUAA